GCAUACAAUAAUGAUGUUGUUGUUACUAGGAGUUACGUCGUGCCUACUUAUCUUUGUUGGAGGUAAUCUUAGCGUGGAAAAAAGGUGCCCCGUCAACGCCCCGAGGGUGGAAUGUAAGGCGGAUCCAUGCCGCAUGAGCACGGGGUGUCGAGCGUACCCUCUGGCAGAAUGUAGAUCUAAUUACUGUGGCGGAUGUAACGCGGAGUACUUCGUCCAGAACAAGAAAGUCAACUGUUCCGUCUGUCCCAGUAAGAAGCCAGUGUUACAGUGUAUGAGCGCCUGUAUGUACGCCAAACCUGCCCCAGGUUUCACCUGUGUACCAGAUUUCUGUGGAUCCACCUGCUCCAUGAAGUUUGUGAAGCUUUGUAAAGACGGAAGUCGUCCGGUCCAGUGUUUUUACGAGCCGUGCGCACUCGCGCUCUGCCCAGCCGGUCACACUUGCGUAUCAAAUUAUUGCCGGGGAUGUAAUGCCGAAUGUGUGCCCAGUCCAAUUGGAUAAUUACAGCCUAAGUAUGUAUUAAUCCCGG